CUGCCAUCCAAUCGCGGCGCGUGCUCUGCCCUGCGGGCGGCGGGUGCCAGGCACGGUGUCAGCGGGCAACAUGGCCGAGAGGCCGGGGCCUCCGGGCGGCGCCGUGUCCGCGACCGCGUACCCUGACACCCCCGCGGAAUUCCCUCCGCACCUCCAGGCGGAUGCCACUGCCGCCAGGAGCCCUGUAACAUCAGCCAUCGUCAACCCCACCGUGUUCUUCAACAUCACCAUUGACGGCAAGCCUUUAGACCGCGUCUCCUUCAAGCUGUUUGCAGACAAGGUUCCAAAGCCAGCAGAAAACUUUUGUGCUCUGAGCACUGGAGAGAAAGGAUUUGGUUAUAAGAGUUCUUGCUUUCACAGAAUUAUUCCAGGGUUUAUGUGUCAGGGUGGUGACUUCAUAUGCCAUAAUGGCACUGGUGGCAAGUCCAUCUAUGGGGAGAAAUUUGAUGAUGAGAACUUCAUCCUAAAGCAUACAGGUGCUGGCAUGUUGUCCAUGGCAAAUGCUGGACCCAAUACAAAUGGUUCCCAGUUUUUAAUCUGCACUGCCAAGACUGAGUGGUUGGAUGGCAAGCUUGUGGUCUUUGGCAAGGUGAGCAUGAAUAUUGUGGAGGCCGUGGAGCGCUUUGUGUCCAGGAAUGGCAAGACCAGCCAGAAGAUCACCAUUGCUGACUGUGGACAGCUCUUAUAAGUUUGACUUGUGUUUUAUCUUAACCACCAGACCGUUCCUUCUGUAGCUCAGGGGAGCACCCUCCACCCCAUUUGCUCGCAGUAUCCUAGAAUCUUUGUGCUCUCGCUGCAGUUCCCUUUGGGUUCCAUGUUUUCCUUGUUCCCUUCCAUGCCUAGCUGGAUUGCAGAGUUAAGUUUAUGAUUAUGAAAUAAAAACUAAAUAACAAAAUAA